AUGAAUGAUGAAUAUAAUUCAUUACAUAAAAAUAAACAAAUAAACAAUUAUGCUAAUGAUGGUGAUCACAAUUUAAAUAAUAAUUUUAUAGUUAUGAGUUCUAUGAUCAAGAUGAAUUUAUCUUUAAAAAGAUAUAAUAUGUUGAAGGUUAUAAUUAAUAAAAAAUAUGGUAGCAUUGUUUAUGAUACUAUAAAAAAUCUUGGAAAAAAAUAUUCUAUAAAAUUAUUAGAAUUUAUUUUAAACAUAUUAACUGAAGAAAAUAUUCUAAUUAUAAACACAUUUCCAUGGAUUAAAGCUAUAUACGAAAUAUAUGGUGAUGCGCUAAAACGUAAAAAACAUCGAGUAUUAAUUACUAAAUUAUCUAAUAUUACAGAGUUAAAUAUAAAAUACAAACAUAUGAUAGAACUAGUUACGGAUAAAGUUAAUUAUAUAGUUAAUCAUUUAAUGAAAAAUGAUACCGAUAAUUCGGAAAUAUUAGUAUACAAAGAUGGAACUAUAAUGAAAUAA